GCGAGUCGCGGUGCGAGUCGCGUGAGGCCGCAGGAACGCACAGGACAUCGUCUUGUUCCCUUUGCGUCACAUUUUGCGUCCACGGGACGCUGCCCGCACCGAAUCGGACGACACGCGCUGGUGCCUCGAGGCAAGAGUCAAUGGCUGACCAGCCUGCCCCAGUAGCCGUCGACCUGCGCGGCGCCGCGCCAGGACCAGCACCAGCACCGGCGCGGCGCGUCGUGGUCCGCCGCGGCCGCCAGACGCGGAGGCCCCAGGAGGACGCAGCUCCGGCGCAACCACCUCCCGAAGCCGACGACGAGGAGGCCCCGCCGCCCGUUCAGACAGAGCGCCAGAGCGGCGGCGACGGCACAAGGCGCAAGCGCCUGACCCGCUUCAUCACUCUUAUAGUAUUAACAUGCCUCGCGGCGGCCGUCGCGACGACGUGGUACCGGGCCGCCACAUAUUUAGUGGAUGAGGUCGCCUUCUCGGCCGGCUGGCCCCUCUAUAUAAGGGUCGGCGGCUGCGACGUCGACGUCAGGCCGGGCGGCUCCAAUAGCGUCGAGACGCGGACCUGGGUCUCGCGCUGGGUCUACCCGCGCUACGACUACCGGUCGGGCUCGAACCGGCCCUGGCGUAUUGAUGUGGCGAACGCGGAGGGCUGCCACAACGCGCCCGGCUUUGCAUGUCGGGACACGUGCCUCGUGACCAUCAAAGUGGCCACGCCGCCGUCGACGCUCACGUUUAGGAGUGGCGCGGACGUCGGCCACCCGCAACGACUUAGAAUAGAGGGCGUGGCGCUCGAUGUUUUAGAUGUCGCGGGGUCGUUCGAUGUGCAGAUAACCGACGCUUUGCUAACGGGCAAGACCCGCGUCACGUCGUCGCGCGGCGACGUCCGUAUGAGCGACACGAGCUGCGGCGACUUUGAGCAGGACUGCUGGCUCAAGGCCACGACCGGAUCUGUGUAUUAUUACGAGGGGCGGGACGUCCUCAAUGCCCUGGACAUACAGUACCGCUCGGUCAACAUGCGCUCCUGCUUCGCGCUGCCCGAUCGAAUGCAUCAUACCUCGGGCGCGCUGCCCCACACGACGGCCUUCAAGGUCGCCAAGCACUACGACCGGGACGGCAACGGCAAGGUCACGCAGGAGGAGUUCGACGUCGGUAUCAAGAAGCUGGGAGCUUGUUUAGGAGGCAGCUGCCCGUUGUACUCGUGGUCGGCCGCGGCCAAGGCGUCGGUGUUUGCCUCGCCCGAUCCGUCGAUCACGACGCUGUUUCCCGCCCUGAGCACCGCGGCCUUCCACGCGGCGCUCGUAAGCGCGAACUACUCGGAGCUGCAGCCCUCAACAUAUCGCACGCUGUCGAUCGCACGCAACAAGCGUUCUACUGGAGCCGUCCAGAACCGCUCGAUCCGCCUCGAGGCGUCCGCGGGCGAGAUCCGCCUCGAGCUGUCGAAUGCCUCCAAUCUCACAUACGUUGCGCCCCAGGACGCCGCGCCGCUGGGCGCGCGACUCCUGCCGACGGAUGCUGAAAGUCUAAUGCCGCUGCGGGAUGCGUACGGCGACGCGUCUUUACUAACAAACCGCGACGUCUUCGCGGUCAUUGAUGUCAUGAGUUCUCCCGGAGUCCCUGCGGACCGCUGGCUCUACACGUCGAACGAGGUCUACUUCGAACUGCAACCUCCGUUGCUCGACCUGAUCUCCUACGGUACCGUCCGACCCAGAGUCGCGCGCUUCGAGGUGCGACUCACUGACGGCGAGGCCUGCGCCCCGGGGGCCGCCGCGCUGGACACGGACGCAAAAAUGGCGGCGGCGCGGGCGCGCGUCUACGAGGAAUUGAGGCGGACGCUCAAACCGCGCCUCCAGGCGGAACUGGGCGGCGCCCUUGCGCGCGUCAAGCCGCGCAAUUCACGUGACUCGUUCCCCCGCCUCGCUUCGUACUCUCGCUACUCGCCCACGGAUCCGUUCCACGAGGAGGACUACCGCCAGGUCAUGAUGCGGGGCCGCGGCCGGCGCGCUUUUAACAUUUCGCUGGCGCUCGCGGCGCUGGCGACGGUCUGGGCGCUCGUCGUGGGCGCUCGGUACCUCGGGGCGCUGCACGCGCUGGCGGAUCGAAACGCCGUGAUCCAGAUGCGACUGCGGAACGCGGAGUCGGAGAGGCGGUCCCGAGCGGUCGCUUCGAAGGAGAUCAUCUCGGAGGAGGUCGACGAGGAGGGCCUGGGCAUCGAUUCCGACGCGCUCGCGUGGGAUUCGCGUGGACGAUUCGCGAACUUCUGGAACGCGCCUCAAUGGUUUUGCGGCGUCGUCAAUGGCUGCACCGAGCUGGCCACGCCUCUCUUGAGACCGAUCGCGACGAUCGACGCGAUGGUGGUCGCUCCCAUAAGACGGCAUUUCGUCGACGGUCGGUCCAAGUUCUUCCGCAUGCGGUGCAAGGCCGCCCAUACACGCGGCGUCGCGCCCACGGAGACGACCGAAUGCGACCUAAAAAUAUUCACGCAAGCCUAUCGUGUCUUCUGCCCGAAGAAGAGGCUGAAGGCGGACGCGUUUACUACGAUCGGCGAUACGCAGAGAUAUCUCGUGGCGACGCAUAAUUUGCGCCUACGGACCCACAAGCUCCCGCGCCUUGCGGGACGCGUUUGGACCCAGGUCCCGGCGUUCAUCGGCGACGCGCGGCCCCUCGUCGAGCACGCCCGCUGCUUCGCGGCGGCCGCCGAGGUGAACCGGAUCCUCGAAACAGCCACGGAAGGCACUGGUGACCUGACGUCGUUCCUGAGCGAGCGGACACGGCCGGCGGGCGCAGGAAUACACGACGAGGACGUCGUGAUCGGUCUAGUAGAUGAGCCAGUGGUCCUCGGCGAGGGCGCGUACGGCUGGAAGCCUGGUUUGCUGCGCGUUUACGACGAGUGGUGCCUCGCGACGGGCCGACCGGCUGUUUCGCGGGACAUUUUGGCGGGGGAAAUUGCAGCGCAGGGCGUCGCGCAGAGCUAUCGCGUCGCGGCGCUCGGUCUCGAGCUGAGAAACUUCCCGGGCGGCGGCGGAAAGGGACUCCGGCUGCCUUUAUCCUUCUAUUUCGAGCAUGUCGUGAGCGUACUCUUACACGUCACCGUGUUCGUAUUACCGGCAAUCUGGGUCAUCUGGAUUUGUAUGAUGUUCCAGUUUCGGCACGCGAAGCUCGGAGGCUAUGUUGUUGCCGACGACGCGCGGCGCGAGCACGCGUGGAGUCCCUACGACACGGACAUCGUCAGGCGCUACUUCGCGGGUACCGGCAUCCAGGGCGGCGUCGUGGCGGGCGUCGUGUUGGCCUACCUCGUCGUCGCGUGGGUCGUUCUUGUGGUUGAAUACAUCGGAGACGGCGUACCACCCGGCCACGAUUGGCACACGUGCUGGGCGCGGUCGCCGCCUUUACCUCGGCCACUCCAACAAGUGAUCAAGUGGUGUUUUGUUCUGGUCACGCUGCCGUUUGCGCUGCUACCCUUUUCCCUGAUACUGGCGGCGAUUUGGGUACUCGGCUCUGCUAUUUUAGAUCCGAACCAGUUCCUCGCCCGGACGGCGGCGUUCGCCGCGCUUGUGACUACUUUGACGAGCAUCGGCAAUCAGCUCCGGGGCGCCGCGUCAGCAAAGGCGGCCUCGGUCCGGGAUCAACUGCGCGGGCGCCUGAGCGCCGUUUUGGAGACGUGGCUCCGGGAGCACCGCGACGCCACUUCUGGCAAGAAGGCGGACGACGUCGCGGCGCGAGCGAAGGAGCAGGUCGCCUUCGCUAAGCAAGUGGCCGGCGCGAACGACGACGUCCAGGCGCUGUGUGCGGUGCUCGACGCCGACGGAAGCGGGGGUAUCUCGCGCCGGGAGCUCGGCGCGCUUGUUGCGCUGCUGGACGUGCCGACGUUCGAUCACGCCAAGGUAGACCAGGUCUUUGCGUAUGCCAACGAGAACCUCGACGCGGUGAUCUCUCCCGCGGAGUUCGAAGCGGCCUGGACAUGGGUCGAGAAUGAGGUCGUGGACGCGGCGCUGGAGGCGGCGGGACUCACGGACCGUUUCAUCACUGCCGCAAUUGGAACAGCGCUCGUACUCCUGCUGGGGUUGUUCAUUUUCAUCUUUCAGCUUGUGUACGCGUGGUCGGAAGGCGGCACGUUCGGCGCCGUCGUCGAGUCGCUCCUCAUCGCGGCGACGGCGUUCUCGGUGCGGUAUCUGCCCUCCUCAAGGAAAGUAUUACCGGAGGCCAUGGUGCGGAAGGCUGAGGCGAAGGACGUUUGAUUUUUGUCAGGCGCGUAAGUUUGUGUGUUAAGUCAA